UAUAAGGUAUAUAACCUCAUUAUUUUCAGUUGUAAUAAUUAUAAUAAUUCAUAUAUAUAAAUUAAUAUUUAAUAUAUAUAAUCCAAUUAAUUAUGACAUCUUCAAAUAAUUUGGAUUUAGAGACGGCUAUAAGUUCCGAUGACGAACAUGCCAUUAAUGAAUUUAAAGGUCAAGAUGAUUCACCCACUAAAAAUAAUUCUAGUGAUGAUGGUUAUGAUGAAUUAGGAGAUGAUGAAGGUAGAAGAUUAAAAUUAGUAAGAUCAGUUACUAAUAAUAAUGAAACUCAUUUCUUAGAAAGAUUAGAAUCUUUAUCUCAACAAUUAUCAAGACAUACAACAAGAGAUGGAGAAAUUAGAAUUGAUCCAGAAAAUUUCGAUUUAUACAAAAUAUUAAAUACUUGUAUGAAUAUCUUUGAAAAGGAAGGAAUUAAAUUACGUAAAUCUGGUCUUUCAUUUGAAGAUUUAUCAAUGUAUGGUAUUGAUCAAUCAUUUGAUAUUGCUUCAACAAUAACUGAUUUAUUUACUGGUCCUUACCAUUUAGCUAAAAAGAUUAUAUCUAAUAAAAAGACUCCAACUCAUAAAAUUUUACAUAAUAUUAAUGGUUUAGCUAAAAGUGGUGAAAUGGUUUUAGUAUUAGGUAGACCAGGUUCUGGAUGUUCUACACUUCUUAAAUCAUUAAGUGGAACUGAUUUUGAUUUAUAUACUGGGAUUGAAGGUGAUAUAAGAUAUGAUGGUAUACCUCAAAAGGAAAUGAUGAAAAGUUUUAAAUCAGAUAUUAUUUAUAAUCCGGAAUUAGAUGUUCAUUUCCCUCAUCUUACUGUUGAAGAAACUUUAAAAUUUGCUAUUGCUUGUAAAACUCCAAAUGUUAGAAUUAAAGGCGUUAGUAGAGAACAAUUUAUUAAUUCUUUAAUGGAAAUUUUAGCCACUGUAUUUGGGUUAAGACAUACUUAUAAAACAAAAGUUGGUAAUGAUUUCAUUAGAGGGGUUUCUGGUGGUGAACGUAAAAGAGUUUCUAUUGCUGAAGCUUUAGCUUGUAGAGGUUCAAUUUAUUGUUGGGAUAACGCUACUAGAGGUUUAGAUGCUUCUACUGCUUUAGAAUAUACUAGAGCCAUUAGAACUUCAACUAAUUUAUUAAAUACCACUGCAUUUGUUACAAUUUAUCAAGCUGGUGAAAAUAUUUAUGAAACUUUUGAUAAAGUUACUGUUCUUUAUCUGGGUCAUCAAAUUUAUUAUGGACCAAUCUUGGAAGCUAAACCAUAUUUUGAAAAAAUGGGAUUUGAAUGUUUACCAAGACAAUCAACUGCAGAAUUUUUAACUGCAGUUACUGAUCCAAAUGGUAGAUAUCCUAAAAAGGGUUGGGAACAUCGAGUUCCAAAGACUGCUCAAGAAUUUGAAGAAUAUUGGUUAAAUUCUGAUGAAUUUAAACGUUUAAAACAAGAAAUUUCUGAAUAUAAUAAAGAUAUUGAUGCAGAUAAAACUCAUGAACUCUUUUAUGAAUCUCUUAAACAAGAAAAGAUGAAAUAUACCAAUUCUAAAUCUUAUUAUACUAUUAAUUAUUAUGAACAAUUGAAAUUAACUACUACAAGAGCUUUUCAAAGAAUUUGGAAUGAUAAAGCCUAUAAUGGUACAUUAAUCUUUGCUGGGUUAGCUCAAGGGUUAAUUGCUGGUUCACUUUAUUAUAAUACUACUCCAACUGUUAGUGGUGCCUUUUCAAGAGGUGGUGCUGUUUUCUUUGCAGUAUUUACUGUUUCUUUAAUGUCAUUAGCUGAAAUUUCAGCAGCCUUUUCUUCAAGACCAAUUUUGAUGAAACAAAGAAAUUAUUCCUUAUAUCAUCCAUCAGCUGAAGCUCUUGGGAAUUAUUUUACAUCUAUCCCAAUUAAUUUCUUAGUAUGUGUUUUCUUUGUUAUACCACUUUAUUUCCUUACUGGUCUUAAAUCUGAAGCUGGAGCUUUCUUUACUGCUUUAUUAUUCAUUUAUUUAUCAUCUAUGACUAUGACUGCACUUUUCCAAGCGGUUGCUUCAUUAAAUAAAACAGUUGCAAGUGCUAAUGCCUUUGCUGGUACUUUAAUUUUGGCAGUUUUAAUGUAUUCUUCAUUCACUUUACAAAGACCUUCAAUGCAUGAUUAUUUCAAAUGGAUUUCUUAUAUUAAUCCAAUUUUAUAUGCUUUUGAAGCAGUAAUUUCAACUGAAUUUCAUGGAAGAAAGAUGGAAUGUGAUGGGAAUUAUUUAACUCCAGGUGGUCCAGGUUAUGAUAAUCUUGCUAGUGGAACUCAAGUAUGUGCAUUUAAAGGAUCUGUUUUAGGUCAAACUUGGGUUCUGGGUGAUGAAUAUUUAAAAGUUGCAUUUACUUAUUCAUUCUCUCAUGUAUGGAGAAAUCUUGGUAUUAUUAUUGCUUUCUUAAUAUUCUUUGUAUUUGUUAAUGCUUUAGGUUCUGAAUUAGUUAAACCAAUUACUGGUGGAGGUGAUAGAUUAUUAUAUAUUAAGGGUAAAGUUCCUCAACAUUUAACUGGUGAUAUUGAAAAUAAUCUUGGUGAAGGAUCUCAAGGUGAAGGUAAAAAUAAUUUUGUAGCUGAUGAAGAUUUAAAAGCAAAGGAUAUAUUUGUUUGGAAGGAUGUUAAAUAUGUUAUACCUUAUGAUGGUAAAGAACGUACUUUAUUAGAUACUAUAUCUGGUUAUACUGAAGCAGGUACAAUUGUUGCUCUUAUGGGAGAAUCUGGAGCUGGUAAAACUACUUUAUUAAAUACUUUAGCUCAAAGAAUUGAUAUGGGUGUUGUUACUGGUGAUAUGUUAGUUAAUGGUAAACCAUUAGAUAUGUCAUUUAGUCGUCGUACCGGUUAUGUUCAACAACAAGAUAUUCAUGUUUCUCAAACUACCGUUCGUGAAUCCUUACAAUUUGCUGCAAGAUUAAGAAGAUCAACUUCAGUACCUGAUUCAGAAAAAUUAGCUUAUGUUGAAAAGAUUAUUAAAGUAUUAGAUAUGGAAGAAUAUGCUGAUGCAGUGGUUGGUGAAAGUGGAUCUGGUUUAAAUGUUGAACAACGUAAGAAAUUAUCUAUUGGUGUUGAAUUAGUUGCUAAACCUUCUUUAUUAAUGUUUUUAGAUGAACCAACUUCUGGUUUAGAUUCUCAAUCGGCCUGGUCGAUUGUUCAAUUAUUAAGAAGUUUAGCUGAUGCUGGUCAAUCGAUUGUUUGUACUAUUCAUCAACCUUCAGCUACUUUAUUUGAACAAUUUGAUCGUUUAUUAUUAUUAAGAAAAGGAGGUCAAACUGUAUAUUUUGGAGAUAUUGGAACUCAUUCUAAUACUGUUUUAAAUUAUUUUGAAAGAAAUGGAGCUAGAAAAUGUGAAGAUGGUGAAAAUCCAGCUGAAUAUAUUUUAGAAGCCAUUGGUGCCGGUGCAACUGCUUCAACAUCUUAUAAUUGGUUUGAUAUUUGGAAUAAUUCUCCAGAAAAAAUUGCUACUGAUAAAAGACGUGAUGAAUUAAUUAUUGAAUCUAGUCAAAAAUCAGAAGGAGUUGAUGAUGGAACUGAAAAAUCAUUAAUUUCAAAAUAUGCUACUCCAUUUCAUUAUCAAUUUUAUCAUGUUUUAAAGAGAACUCAUAUUAUUUUUUGGAGAGAUCCGCAAUAUUUUGCAGCCAAAUUAGCUUUAGUUACCAUGUGCGGAUUAUUUAUUGGUUUCUCAUUCUUUGGUCUUAAACAUAGUUUAACUGGAGCUCAAAAUGGUAUGUUUGUAAGUUUCUUAGCUGUGGUUGUUUCUGCUCCAAUUAUUAAUCAAGUUCAAGAAAAGGCUAUUAAAGGUCGUGAAUUAUUUGAAGGUCGUGAAAAACUUUCAAAUACUUAUACUUGGUCAUUAAUGAUUCUUACUCAAAUUAUUAUGGAAAUUCCUUAUUUAAUCUUUGGAGCAACAAUUAUGUUUGUUUCUCUUUAUUUCCCAACUCAAGCUAAUACUUCAGGUCCUCAUGCUGGUAUAUUUUAUUUAGCUCAAGGUGUUUUCUUACAAUUCUUUGUUGUUUCAUUUGGUUGUUUAAUUCUUUAUAUUGCUCCUGAUUUAGAAACUGCUGCAGUUAUUGUAUCAUUCUUAUAUACUUUUAUUGUGGCCUUUUCUGGAGUAGUUCAACCAGUAAGUCUUAUGCCAGGAUUUUGGACUUUUAUGCAUAAAGUUAGUCCAUAUACUUAUUUUAUUCAAAAUUUAGUGUCGGCUGUAUUACAUGGUAGAAAAAUUACAUGUUCUCAAGUUGAAUUAGCUUUCUUUAAUCCACCACCUAAUGAAACUUGUGGAGAAUUUAUGGCUGAUUUCCUUAAUAGUAGAGGCGGUUAUCUUACAAAUCCUAGUGCUACUAGUCAAUGUGGUUACUGUCAAUAUACCAAUGCUGAUGAUUAUUUAUUAACAAUUGGAGCUAAAUACGCUUACAGAUGGAGAAAUAUUGGAUUCUUCUGUGUUUACUUCAUUUUUAAUGUCUCAUUUGUUCUCUUCUUAUAUUACACUUUCAGAUAUAAGAAGUUCUCCCUUAAGGGAUUAUUUGGUAAGAAGUAAAUUACUUGAUCUUCUUUUCCUGCUUGUUUUUAAUAUUUUAAUAUUUUAUUUAUUAUACCAUUCUUGUACAGAAUCCUUUAUAGAAAACCCCCUAAUUUACAAUCU